UGCAUUGUUCUCCUAAAAGAGCUGCUCCCUGCUUUGAAGAACAUCUUGGCAACAGCUGAGAGAGUCCCAGAAGUGGCCAGUUUACACCUCUUCCUCCUCCGUCCUUUACACUGGCAGCGCAAUGGCCUCCGAGACCCCCUCUGAACGGCCUCUUCUCAGAGGUGGAAUGGAAAGAGGAGCCAGGCAGCUUCCUCAGGCCCUCUUGACCUUUGAGGAGGUGGCCGUGUUUUUCACGGAGGAGGAGUGGGCUCUGCUGGAUCCAGGCCAAAGAGCUUUGCACAAGGAAGUCAUGGAGGAGAAUUAUGAGAUGGUGGCCUCUCUAGGGACUCUGAUACUCAAGUCUGAGCUCAUCUUGUCGUUUGGAACAGAAAAACACAGUGAUGUUGUCCUGGAGAAAUUGCGAGGUGAUGGCGAAGGCAAUCAGAAUAUUGAAGGGCCAUCUGUAAAGUACUUCAGUGUGAGUGAACACCUUAGCACACAUCUACAAACUAACACUGGGGAGAAACUCUUUAAAUGUAUGGAAUGUGGAAAGAGCUUCAGUGAAAGAGGAAAACUUACUGUACAUCAACGAAUUCACACAGGGGAGAAACCAUUUAGAUGUAUGGAGUGUGGAAAAAGCUUCAGUGAAAGAGGGAAACUUACUGUACAUCAACGAACUCAUACAGGGGAGAAACCAUAUAAAUGUAUGGAGUGUGGAAAGAGCUUCAGGCGGUGUUCACAUCUUACUAGACAUCAACGAACUCAUACAGGGGAGAAACCAUAUAAAUGUAUGGAGUGUGGGAAGAGCUUCAGACAGUGUUCACACUUUACUAGACAUCAACGAACUCACACAAGGGAGAAACAAUUUAAAUGUAAUGAGUGUGGAAAGAGCUUCACCAAUAGUGGAGUGCUUAGAAAUCAUCAACUGACUCACACAGGGGAGAAACCCUUUAAAUGUAUGGAGUGUGGAAAGAGCUUCAGUAAGUCUUCACAACUUACUAUUCAUCAACGAACUCACACAGCGGAGAAACCAUUUAGAUGUAUGGAGUGUGGGAAGUGUUUCAGAGAAAGAGGAAACCUUACUAGACAUCAGCAAACUCACACAGGGGAGAAACCAUUUAAAUGUAUGGAGUGCGGAAAUAGCUUCAGUAAGUCUUCACAACUUACUAUUCAUCAACGAACUCACACAGGGGAGAAACCAUUUAGAUGUAUAGAGUGUGGGAAGUGUUUCAGUCAGAGUGGAAGCCUUAUUUUACAUCAACGAAUUCACACAGGGGAGAAACCAUAUAAAUGUUUUGAGUGUGGGCAAAGCUUCAUUUGUAGUGCGAAACUCACUGUGCACCAACGAAGUCACACAGGAGAGAAACCAUUUGAAUGUAUGGAUUGUGGGAUGUGCUUCAGCCAGAGUGGAGUACUUAUUGUACAUCAACGUACUCACACUGGUGAGAAACCAUUUAAAUGUAUGGAGUGUGGAAAGAGCUUCAAUCACAAUGGAAUACUUACUGUACAUCAAAGAACUCACACGGGUGAGAAACCAUUUAAAUGUGUGGAGUGUGGGAAGUGCUUCAGUCAGUGUUCACAGCUUACUUUACAUCAACGAAGUCACACAGGGGAGAAACCAUUUAAAUGUAUGGAAUGUGGAAAGAGCUUCAGACACGGUUCACACCUUACUCUACACCUACGAACUCACACAGGGGAGAAACCAUUUAAAUGUAUGGAGUGUGGGAAAGUUUUCAUUCAGAGUUCAGCUCUUACAACACAUCUACGAAUUCACACAGGGGAGAAACCAUUUAGAUGUAUGGAGUGUGGGAAGAGCUUCAGUCGAUGUUCACACCUUACUAUACAUCUUAGAACUCACACAGGGGAGAAACCAUUUAAAUGCUUGGAGUGUGGGAAGUGCUUCAGUAAGAGUGUAACUCUUAGAAAACAUCAGCAAACUCACAGAGAAACAAUUGUUUGAGUGGAAGGAGUGUUGAAUGUGUUUCAAUUAUAAUGGAGUUAUUGAUUAAGACAUAUGGACUCUCACAGGGGAGAGCCUAUUUAGAUGUAUGGAGUGUGCCAAGUUUUUCACACAGAGUUCACUUUGUGCUUCAUGUCAACAAACCCAUAGAGGGAAAUAUCAUGUACUGUGUUUGGUGUUCUGGUGUUUGUAUGGAAUGUUGUGCAUAUAUGUAUUAAAGCAAUGGAGGUAAUGUC